UAUGUGACGUUUUCUAUGAAACCAAAUAAAGAUGUAGCCCAUCUUUCAACAGUUCAUGCGAAUGCCUCAAUUUAUUUCGAUCAAAAUGAACCGAUUGAUACACCAAAUAUUUUUAACACGAUUGAUGAUAGCAGUCCAGAGGUUAAUGGAUCAGUAAUUUCUGGAACAGAAUCUACUGAUUCUGUCACAUUGUCUGUUCUUGCUACAGAUACAGGGUCUGGAGUGAAACAUGUUGAUAUAUUUGAACUGCAAGGCAAUAGUUUAAGCUUGCUCCAAGGUGGUGUUACGGAGAAUAUAUUUCUUGUAAAGUUGAAGCUAGGAGAGUCAAAACGAUUACUUCCAGUAGCCGUUGAUCAAGUCGGAAACCGACCAAAACUCACAGAAAUUGAAAAAGAAAGUGCUAUUAAUGUGACAUCUACAAUUCAGAGUGGUACUUGUGAUUGUUCUGGACACGGCAACUGCAGUGCAAGAAUGCAAGUUUGUCUAUGUGAUGAAGGAUUUUACGGGCCGUCCUGUAAUUCCACUUCCCCACCACCAGAACCUCCACUGCUGGAACUUAAAUCUAAGGCAGGAUUUACUAACGAACCAGUUGAACUCACAAUAUCAGCAAGGAAUCUUUCAGGGUGUUUAGAUGAGAUUCAAAUUUUCCUGUCCGGGAUGCCAGAUGGUACGUCAUUUUCGAAAGGCAUAGUUCAAAAUGAUAGCACCAUCCUACUUUUGAGUACCGAUUUUGGACAGCUGAAUAUGACCACAAAUAGCACAGGCGAACAUAGUUUGAAAAUCCUUGUGACCCAGUUUACGAACGGAACAAACUUCACUAGAUCCGGUGAACUUCAGAUUAUGAUUUAUCCCAAGAUCGAAAAUGCCUCGUUCGAGUUUGAUGGUUGUUUCUCAGAGGACAGUAAGGGUGAAAUAGUGGCCCGACUCAAUUCCUCAGUCAUUCUCUCAAGUGAACAACAGACGUUCCUGAACAACGAAUCGACAUCUAUUCCACACUCAGUAACAUUGACAGUACCAACCUGGGCGCGACCACUGGAAACCUUUAAAAGUGGUAGUGUGUACAGAAUAGAAGAUACAGUAAAGGGUUACUUUCUUAAACUGAAUGGCAGGUUUGAGCCUUUUAAUGUCACAGUUGAUGUCAAAAUAGAACCUGACGGCGUCCCUUCUGCAGCAUAUUCCAAGCAAUUUGAAGUAUCUAGAUUCUGCUACGGAGAAUGCAGAGAGCACGACUAUGGUGUGAAGUGCAAUUAUACUUGCGACUGCGACUGGGAUAAUACUGUAGAGUGCAACAAAUUUAAUGGGUCUUGUUCAUGUUCACGUCAGUGGAAGGGAAUGGCGUGUGAUGAGUUUGCAUGUCCAUGCGUUGUGAACAAUACAGAGGAAUGUGAACCAGAGAAUCAAACAUGUGAGUGUAAGGGCGGCUGGGAAGGUAAAGGCUGUGAUAUAGAUAUAGAUGAAUGUCUCAACAACACUAUAUGUGAUGCUCACAAUAAUACUGGCUGCCAGAACAGAGACUGGGGAUACGACUGUCUGUGUCUAAUAGGAUAUCAACUUGAAAAUGAUACUUGUAUCGAGGAAAUAGAUACGGUCAAUACAACGAUGUUAACAGAGAAUCCUGAGGAGAAGAUUACAACAGUUUCGCUGCACUUAAACAUUCAAGUUCCAAACACUGUUAAUCUGAAGGUCGCAGUUACAUUCGAAAUAUACAAGAAGAAAUCAACCGAAAUGCUCGAGAUAUAUUAUGCAGAAAAACUUGGCGAUAAUUUCAUUAAAGUUAUUAUCAACAGUAUCAGCAAGGGCAGUUUGAUAAUUGAUCAUACAGUUAUCACUAGGAAGACUGAGGAAGGAGCACAAGUACUGGCUAUGGCUGUUGCUGAGAUGAUGACAGACAAUUCAUCCCUUACGUUUGAUGGACAGCCUGUGAAUGUGUCAGAUAUUACAUUAGACAACACUACAGUUACGAACAAUCUGUGCGACGUGUAUACAAGAAUCAACCCAUGUGGCUUGACCAAGUGUGUAACAGACAACGGAAAACCAGCCUGUCGGUAAGUUUUGUGUGAGAGCAUUUCAUUAUACCUCAACCAAACUUUUUGAUGGAGGAGGCUAU